CGACUUUGCAGUUUGUCCUCCUUCCCGGCUGAGUGACAGUCUGAGUAUGAACCAAAGGCAGUUAGUACCAUAAACGAGACUGCCUGACAAACCCAGAGAUAAUUUAUGAAAUCCCGUUGCCCUCAGCUGUCUAAUGGCCUCAAUUGAUAUUGCGGGGUAUGGAGAUGAUUAUAAAUGUCUUAUGAACAAGUCAGCACGCACAAACGGCUUCAAUCACUGCCCGAAGACCCGAGCGGGGCGGAUGCCGGAUGUUCUGUAUCCAGCUUGCCUCAUUAUUAAUCAACGAUGUUUAACUACAUACUUAACAACAACACACUUGUAUCAUGUCACUCAUCAGUUGGAACUUUAAGGCUGCUAAAAAAUGGCUUCCAGACAAAAGAUCCUGCUCCUCGGAGCAACAGGCGGAACCGGCUCGUCUAUACUGAACGGUUUACUAGAAUCCAACCAGUUUGAUGUAGAGGUCCUGGUACGACCCAGCUCCGCAGAGAAACCAGCAGUGAAAGAGAUAGAAUCCCGGGGCGUCGCAUUGCGAGUCGUGGAUAUCACAGCCCCCGAGCAAGAACUGGCCUCUGGCCUUGCGGGAAUCGAUAUCCUGAUUAGCGCCAUUGGGCCUCACGAUCUCUUGCAGCAGAAGACGCUAGUGAGGGCUGCAAAGAGCGCCGGGGUGAAGCGAUUUGUACCCUGUGCGUUCAUCACUGUUGCGCCGCCAAAGGGGGCGAUGUUGCUCCGUGAUGAGAAAGAAGAGAUCUACAACGAAAUCAAAAGACUGGAGGUACCAUACACCGUCAUCGACGUCGGCUUUUGGCACCAGAUCUCUAUCCCCCCGCUACCAUCUGGCCGGAUCGACUAUGCUUUGAUGAUGGCGGAACCUGUUAUCCACGGCGAUGGUAACGCGCCUAAUUUAAUCACGGACCUGCGCGAUAUCGGCCGCUUUGUAGCCCGGAUUGUGGACGAUGAUCGGACGCUCAAUAAGUAUGUUUAUACUUGGAGUGACGUCCUAAGCGAGAAUGAGAUCUUUGAUAUUGUGGAGGAGGCUUCUGGGGAGAAGAUUGAACGGAAAUAUGACACCGCGCAGGAUAUUGAGAAACGGCUAGAGGAUGCUCUGGCAGCUCUUUCUCUUGAUCCGACUGAUCCAGCGAAGCGCCUCCCCGUCUAUAUUGUGCAGUAUAUAUAUAGCAAGUAUGUCCGAGGGGAUAACCAGCCCCGGUAUGCAAAGUAUUUGGGGUAUCUGGACGCGAGAGAGCUCUACCCAGACCUGAAGCUGGUUUCUUUCCGGGAAUAUUUUGCAGAGGUUUUGGAGGGGAAGGGGAAGAGGCCUUAUCACUAGUGAGCCUGGUGGUUUGUCUGGACGUUAUUGAGGAUUACUUAACAGUGAAUAUAUACCCUCUAUACAAAUAUAACAGUGCUUAGUCCAGCUUCUUAUCAGGUAUAUACGAAACUAAUUCGCAACAAAAUAAUUC